UUCCCUGUUGUUGUCUUUAACGAUUUCAUUUCGAAGCCCAGAAAGUUUGCUAGCGCCUUUCAUGCCUGCUCUCCUUACCUCUUAGACUGUAUGACAGAAAGCCCUGUGUGUAUACUGCAGCGUUGCACCCAGGGCUCAGCACACAGUAAGCGCUCAGCGCAUGCCACCAAGAUGAUUGCUGAAAGGGGAAAUCUCCGGUCACGUGUAGAGGACGGUUUGUGUCCCCUCAGGGCCUGAUGGAGGUCCCGAGGCUCCCGGCCCCCGCCUCUCCUCCCGCCGGGCCUGUCCGCCUGACCUCGGGGCGGACCAGGCCACCUCUAUGACCCCGACCGCCCCCUCCUCGGGCCAUGGCUCUGCUGUCCGGGAAGGAGGGCCCCGGCUCGGGCCCCCGGACGGGCCGGCCGGCCGCGGCUCGGAAGGGCUCGUUCUACCGGCAGGCCCGGCUCCUGCGGCCCGGCGAGGCCCCGGCCCGGCCCCGCCGGCGUGAGGACCGCGCCCGGCACGUGGUCAUCAACGUCGGGGGCGUCCGCUACAGCCUGCCCUGGGCCAGCCUGGACCGCUGCCCGCUGGGCCGCCUGGAGCGCCUCCGGGCCUGUCACAGCCACGACGACAUCAUGCGCGUCUGCGACGACUACGACGUCGGCGGCAACGAGUUUUUCUUCGACCGCAACCCCUGCGCCUUCCGCACCCUGAUGAGCUUCCUGGCGGCCGGGAAGCUGAGGCUGCUGCGGGAGGCCUGCGCCCUGGCCUUCCGGGACGAGCUGGACUACUGGGGCGUCGAGGAGGAGCGGCUGGAACGCUGCUGUCUCCACCGCCUGCGCCGGCGCCAGCAGGAGGAAGAGGAGGAGGAGCGGGAGGAAGAGGAGCAGGAGGCGGCGGCCGUCGGGGACGCGGAAGGGGCGCAGCCGUUGCCCCCCUGGGCCGCGCCGGCCCGAGGCCGCCUGCAGCGGUGCCUGCGGCGGCUCGGGGCCGCGGUGGAGGACCCGCGCUCGGGGCUGCCGGGGCAGCUCUUCGCCUGCGUGUCCGUGAGCUUCGUGGCCGUCACGGCCGUUGGCCUCUGCAUGAGCACCCUGCCCGACGUCCGUGCCGAGGAAGAGCGGGGCGAGUGCUCCCAGAAGUGCCACAACAUCUUCGUGCUGGAGACGGUGUGCGUGGCCUGGUUCUCCUUGGAGUUCCUGCUGCGCUCCCUCCAGGCGGAGAGCAAAUGCGCCUUCCUGCGAACGCCGCUCAACCUCAUCGACAUCCUGGCCCUGCUGCCCUUCUACGUGUCGCUGCUGGUAGACCUGGCCUCGGGCGGCCCCCAGCCCGGCCGGGGCGGCGGCCCCCAGCCCGGCGGCGGCGGGAACAAGUACCUGGAGCGGGUGGGGCUGGUCCUGCGCUUCCUGAGGGCCCUGCGGAUCCUCUACGUCAUGCGGCUGGCCCGCCACUCGCUGGGCCUGCAGACGCUGGGGCUGACCGUGCGCCGCUGCGCCCGCGAGUUCGGCCUGCUGCUCCUCUUCCUCUGCGUGGCCAUGGCCCUCUUCUCCCCGCUGGUCUUUCUGGCCGAGAGCGAGCUGGGCGCCCGCCAGGACUUCACCAGCGUCCCCAGCAGCUACUGGUGGGCGGUCAUCUCCAUGACCACCGUGGGCUACGGCGACAUGGUGCCCCGCAGCCUCCCCGGCCAGGUGGUGGCCCUGAGCAGCAUCCUCAGCGGGAUCCUGCUCAUGGCCUUCCCGGUCACCUCCAUCUUCCACACCUUCUCCCGCUCCUACACCGAGCUCCGGGACCGGCAGCGCCGCCGGCGGCGCCGAUGGUGGCGGGCGGGAGGCCGGGACCCGCCGGCCCUGGAGGACAGCACCCGCUCCCACACCGACGACAGCUUCCCGGGUCUGGACGGCCCCUUCCCGCCCGCCGAGGCCGCCUCCGAGGGGCCCGGCGCCGGGGGAGGGGGAGCCGCUGACCCCUGACCCCCGGCCGGAGGAUCCCCCCGCUCCCGCUGACUGACGGGCGGCGGCGGGAGUGCCGGACCCCGGCGGCGAGACGGAGAGGGCCACGGGAGAGGCAAACUAAUCCCCGGCCCGGGGGUGGGGAAGCCCCCGGGGACUCUUCCCCCAAAAAGGACCCUGCAUGCUCUGUACUACAGUGCGGCGCCACUGGGCAGCCCCACCGGGAAGCGAUGGAGUCCACCACGGGUCCGGCCUGCUGCCUUCCAACCAGGAGAGACCGGAGGUUGGCACCGACAGCCUCCCCGGCUCUCCUCCCCUACCCCCCGGGGCCAGAGCGCAGGGAGUCCCACAGUUCCGCCCUUCGGCCACCCCACCGGGGCCAGCCGCAUCCUCUCCGGCAGGAUGGGCCCCGGGCGGAUCCGGGAAGAGAGGCACCCGCAGGAGGAUUCUCGUCCUGCCUCGGGCCCGCGGGGGAGGAGGAAGAGAAGGGAAAGGAGGAUCUGAAGAUGCCCGCGGCCCUUCCCCCGACACUGCCCUCUCACCCACCUUGCCCCCGGCCUCUGGAUCACGGUCCCGGACUCUGGCCCGGCUUCUGCUGCUAACUCACACCCUUAAAAUAAUUCAAAAUAAUUAUGGGAUUAAGCGCUUACUGUGUGCCGAGCACCGUACCGAGCAUUAGGUAGGUACGAGAUGAUCCGUUUGGACGCGGCCCCCGUCCCCCCCGGGACUCCCGGGCUAAGCGGGAGGGCGGGGUAGCCCAGUCACGCUGUAACCCAGCUGUUCUCUGCAUGACCCCUCUGCUCUGCCUCCCUCCCAAGAGUCCACAAGCCCCUGCCACUAUUCCAACUCUUUCUUCGAGGCCCCAACCUCCCCCCAUCACAAACUCCCCAGGGCCUUGCCAACUCCUCUGGGGGUAAAAUCAAAGCCGUCGGGCCCGAAUCGAUCCUUCAAUCAACGGUACUUACUGUGCACUUACUGUGUGCAGAGCGCCGUACCGAGACACUGGGGAGAGUACGACACAACAGUGACGGACAUCCCCAAAUCCCCCCAUCUUCCCCCUCCAGACUGUGGGCAGGCAACGCGUCUACCGACUUUGUUAUAUUGUCCUCUCCCAAGGCUUAGUACAGUGCUCUACACGCAGGAAGCGGUCAAUAAAUACCCCUGACUGA